AUGCCUUCCCUCCUGCAGAAUGCAUCUUCAAAUGCAUUUGACUCAUCAAUUCUGACCCUUCAGGCCACUUUCUCCAGUGGCAUGACCUUGUUGACUACGGCUUCCACUGCCAACAACUUCCUCAGAGCUACAGAUGGCCCGUUCGCAGAGUUGAAAGAGCUUAUUGCACAACAUACUUCCAUCAAAGACAGGCCACAAUUCCAACCACUUGUCCCCCCCGAUCAAAUUGUGAAGGGAAUUGUGCAGAAAAUAUGGGGUCAUUCAUCUAUUGAGACAGUCGGAGAUAUUGGCGAUAUACUGGAGAAGGGACUCGUUACAGAUGAUUUGAGCCUCGAAGUUUUUUUAGAAGCUUGCAUUGCCGGUUAUGCACAGAAAAAGGGGAAGUCCCCCCAAGAAGUCAUGAAGAGGUUCCGUUUACACAAUCCCACUGAAGCGGGCCAAAUGGCUUGGCAAACAUGGCUUAAGCUUCACCCUCCGGUCUGGUUGCGGUACACCGAACCUUGGCCACUCCCAUCCCGGAACCUCGGUCCCGAGUCGGAACAUUCGGAGACCCCGGAUUCGCUCCGAUAUCCUGACGGACCUCCGACAUCCCGUGACAUGCCCUUAAACCAUUCCUCCACCCACUUCAUUUAUUGGAGUCACCCAACAUCCUUCGGAUACGCAACUCCGCUUUCGGAGCUACCCGCAUCCUUUGCACGACUACCUUCUACUACCAUUCAGUCGGCUAACCCCCUUUACCCAUUUGUCUUCCCCAUUCAUUUUCCGGCCUCCAACUCCGCCCUCCUUGGCCCGACACCUCGGUUCCCCGUUUUAGAUAUCGUUCGGAACCUUUCGCAACAGGAUAUCGAUAGGAAGUACCCUGACCAGGCAGAAGAAGCAAAAGCAUUCUAUGAUAAAAUUCUGAUACAUUGCAGGGACCUUGUUUUAUCGAAGGACGAGAGGGAGGCUCAACCAAAUGAAGGCCUUUAUCUGUUGCAGAAAAUAACGAGAAAAUAUGCUGCUCAGCUCGCUGCACUCAGCUCCAUUCAUCCUGUUGGGGUGGUGUUAGUGGGGUUCAUAGCAGAUGACAAGCUUGCCCCUUGGGAUUCGACUAUCGCAUUUACGAGCUCACCAAUGAUUGCGGAAAUGGUCAAAGCUAUGGGCCUACCCCUCACAGAGGAUAGUGCCUUAGCCAUGAGGAACUUCUACGACGGGAUAAAGGCAUUCAGCCCAUAUCAACCCAACACCAUUAAACAGAGAACCUUUCUUCAACAUCUUGGGGUGUUUACGAACCCCAAUAAAUCUACCAGCAAGGUGUUUGGUGCCUCAAGCCUCAUGAAGACCAUCAUGAUGCACAUGAAGCAAAGUGUCCAUUUCAGCAAUGAUCUGGACAGGUAUUUGGGAAAUGGAACGGGAAACACGGCCAUCAAAUCAGAGGUUGAGGGCGAUGCGAAUGACAUGGAUUACCACACACCCGCAUUAAAAAGGAAGGAAGGCCUCGCCUUUGCAGACAAGACCUACAGCUCGCAUCCCCAAUGCCACACUGAGUUGGAGGCAACAGGGAUAACUGAGCUUGGGCACAACUGGAGAGUUGCCAACAUACUUUCAUUCAUGCUUGAGCAUCGUCUCCGUUUUGUUGGUUGGCAUCGUGGUGUCCCACACUUGAACAAGUCACUACCAUGUGAUUGGACCCCACGCGAGUCUGCACGGUGUAUAAUGCAGCUCACUCACCAGGAUCCGGAGCAGAUGUUGAGGGUGGAACAAAUGACAGAUGGUGAGGAAAAUCUCACCGGUUUGGGCUUACCAGACGAGUACCUGAUGCAUGAGGUGCUACACUAUGCACCAGAUGCGAAAGGGAAUAUUACGAAAUACCUAUUGCCUGAACAUGAGACAAGGAGGGCAAUUGUGAGGACAGCGGUCGUCCCGCACGAACCCAAAAACCAAUGCAAGAAGUCCAAAGCCACUCGCACACGCACCCUCACGAAGGCAAAACCCCCCCGUGUGACACCUGGGGGCCACAACCAAAUGAAUGAAGCUGCGGUACCAGAGAACGAGGUGAAAGGUCCACAGGAUGAUGGCAUCGUACCCGAGACACCACCUCACAACUCACCUGAACCAGGCGGGUCUUCAUCAUCAUCAGUAAAGUUAGAGGCAAUAAACCUGACAAUGUUCCCAUCGGGUGUAUGCUCAGGCUUCCAGCAAGGAUGUGGGCUGAAACUCCCUGAUGACCCAGAAACGACGUCUUCAUGGAGCAAGCCGUUCCGGAAUCACAUAUGCCAAUGGUCAUCCCUCCAAUUAGGCUCAUCCAUCCAACACCGCAUAGUACUCCCCUCAAAGUUCAACCAGUGUUAA